AAAAAUAUUUACAUAAAAAUUAAUUUAAUAAAUUUAUAAUAAAAUCUGAAAUAAAACAAUUAAUACAAAAUCAAAAACAAUUAAUAAGUAAUUUUAGAUAAAAAAAAAAAAACAAAUUCUGUACAAAUAAAAACUAAAAACCCUAAAUCUGUGGAACUAGAGUCGUAAAGAGAGACAAUGGUGACGGCUGGACGUUCUUCUCCGACCACGAGCAGUGACCGAGUAGAAAAAGAAGAAGAAGAGGGUUGAGGGCCUCACCGGAGAACGGUGGUGCAGUGACCGAGUAGAAAAAGAAGAAGAAGAGGGAAGAGAACGAUGGGACAGGGUAUGUAUGGUUUUGGGAGAAGUCAAAAAGGAAAAUCACGGGUGUGAGAUUUUGUUUCUUCCCAGAAAAAUAAAAAGGAUUCGGAUACAGAUACGGAUUCGGAUCCGGGCAAGAAAAACAAAAGCAAGCGAUGAAUCAGAAGAGGGUAAGUUAGCCCUAGUUCGAGGCAGUAGAGAGCAGUGGAGAAGACAAUAGAAAAGAAAUGAAAAAGUAGUAGUUGUUGUCUGUGUUUCUUCUGAUUAUUGGUUUUUUAAUUUGGUGAUUUUGGAUUUAGGUUUCAUUAUUUCUGAAAUCUAUCUAAUCCAACGUUGUAGUUGAAUUUGAUGUGGUUGGGUGUAGAUGGUGUUGGUUGCUAAUGCUAUUAUGUUAUUGCCUUGUUUUUCAUUGAGUCCACUUAUGCUGGCUGCAAUGCAUGGCAAGAUCUCUUGUGUGCAAAAACUCCUUGAAGUUGGAGCAAACGUAUAUCUUUUGAUGUUUGAUUCUCUCAACGGAAGAACCUGUUUGCAUUAUGUUGCAUAUUAUGGCCAUUCAGAUUGCCUCCAAGCCCUUCUUUCUUCUUCUCAUUCCAGCCCUGUCGCAAUUUCUUGGUUGGAGAAGAAGGUCUCGCCCGACGCUGCUCGUGGUCGGAGAAGAACGUCCAGCCGCCACCAUUGUCUCUCUCCACGACUCUAGUUCCACAGAUUUAGGGUUUUUAGUUUUUAUUUGUACAGAAUUUGUUUUUUUUUUAUCUAAAAUUACUUAUUAAUUGUUUUUGAUUUUUUGUAUUAAUUGUUUUAUUUCAGAUUUUAUUAUAAAUUUAUUAAAUUAAUUUUUAUGUAAA